AUGAAAUUCCAAAAACCACCUGAGCUUCCUGAACAGAUCAAAAGCCUGAUAGACGAAGUUGCUCGUCGAGCUUCACCUGGGCCAGAUGCGAACGAGCGAAGAUUGGAUUUGGAAGAGAGGCAGGAACGCUUAGCAGAAAAACAACGACAGCUUCGUUCGCAGUUCCAGCAACUACAGCAAAUGACUCCCUUGCCUUGA